CGUUCAUAAUCCGCGCAGAACAAGAUGUCUCCGACCCCAAAAAGUUCCUGUUUUACAGAAUACAUACUCUCUCCGUUUUAGUUUGAAUUACUAUGUGUUUACUUACAUGGGGGCUCAAAAACACACACAAAGCUUUACCUUUUCUUUCUCAAAUAAAUUGAAUACGAUCAGGUACUCCUGAUCGACAGACUCCAUGUAAAAGGAUAGCUUUAAAUCUCUAAGAAGCUAUUUAAAAGAAUGUAAGUCCUAAUUGUUUAACGGAACUGUCGUUAGCUAGGGCUAGCUAGCUGGCUAGAUAAACAGUAGCAGUCGAAAAAGGCGACGAACUAAGAAUCAGACAACGAAAACAGCCUUGAAAAUCAAUCAUACAUGCUUAUGUGACCAGCAGUUAUUUUUUCACUUUAGUUGGCCCUGCCAAGUUUUUCUUAGCUGUUUGGGUUGGUUUUGCGUGAUUUUUGGUGAUUUUGGCUGGUUCUGGGUGAUUUGGGUAGUUCCAUAGGUUAGUAAUGCUGUUUUCAUGUUGGUAAUUCAAUUUUUGUUUUGUGUUCAUCUCCUCCCAUAAGUUAAAAAACAGUGUUGUAUAAUAAAGUUAGUUUAAUUGCUAUGGUUUUGAAGCAACAACAUAAAAUUAAACAACAACAAUGACAGAUAAUGUUGAUGUAUAUUUCUCUUGUUUCAUGCCAUAACUACACUUAAGUUUAGGGAAAGGGGGGAUAUCAGGUUUGGUAUCAGGGGCUCCCAAACCAGAUGCAUGUGUCUCCAUCCUUACACUUAGUAAGACGUAUCUCGUGGAAACGUCUGUGUAUCUCGUGGAAAUACAACCCUAUUAGCAAAUCUUGCUUGGAAAUUGCCUACAUCUCAGCAACUCGCUUGGAAAUUGCCUACAUCUUAGCAACUCGCUUGACAAUUGCCUACAUCUCAGCGAAUCUCAUGGAAUCGCCCACACCUCAGCAAAUCUCAUGGAAAUGCCUACUACCUGCUAUGGCGUAUCUCAUGGAAGCACAACUCAUUUGUUAGGAAAACUAAAGCAUCUUCAUCCCAUUUGGCUGACGAGGGAAGCCCGACGUCUUAGCAAAAUGUGAUGAAGGAAACUAGUUGACAUUAGCGGCUCCCUUUUUAUGGGCAGGCAAGGCAAUCUUAGGGGCCUGCAUCUACAACAGUAUUGGUUAGUUACCUUGAGGGCCUGGGAUAAGGGGCACCCUAGUGUUCAUGCCCUGUGACCACCCUUUUCACUAGUCUACCAUUCUAGAUUUGGAAAAGCAUUGGGCUUCUAAAAUAUAUCCUUCAAUGAUGCUAGUAGCCAUCUUUGUUGGCACUUGAAUUCAGUAUUUAAGUGCCAACAAAGAUGGCAAUCAAAGCCAAGCCCUUCAACAAGAAAAAAAUUAUGCAGAGGUAUAAUUCUCCUGGAAGAAGGGGUGGCUCAUUUAAUAACAGUGGAAGUUAUUCACCAAGAAAUUCACCGCAAAACCAGUUCAACUCAUCCUUUCAAUUUGCACCACCUGCGUAUCAACAGCAACAUUUAAACCAAUCGACACCCCAUGCAAAUUGGCAGCAGCAGCAACAGCAUAGAAGUUAUCAAUUCCGGCCAAGAUACGAAAGUCCUUAUAAAAAGAAUUACAACGAACGAAACACUUCAAUCGAAGCCUACUUCAAACCCUCAAUGCUUGAAGAUCCGUGGAAGAAAUUGGAAGAAAAAAUGUUGAAAAAGAAGAUGGAAGAGGAGGAAAAAUGACAAAUUAGAAAAAGUGCCUGUUAAUUGAGAAAUAAAGCGUUGAUGAAAUGUGUGUCCGGAGUCCAAAUAAAGUCCGGUGGUGUGUUUCGCCCUAAUAGCGGAAUGAUUUUGUUUGUCAUGUUAUGACGCAGCCGAUAGUCGAUCCAUUUUUGACGAAGAAAAAUAUCAAGUAAGAACGUCUAAAAAAGAAAGGUUUUUAUAUUGUAAGCUCAUAUUUUUUAAUUUUGAUAUUGACUGUUCUCGAAAGGGACUAUUUAAAGCACUUUUUAGUUUUGUUGUCGUUUUCUAUCACACGCCAGUCUACAUUUCGAAUGUUUGUUAGAGUGUUUUCACUUAGGUGAAUAUAAAAUGACACUCUAUAUGCAUGAUCGCUAUCUCGAUAUUUCAAGAGUGCUCAUGCUUGAUUUUAUGCUAUCAAUUAUAAAAAAAAAUUUAUUUGGUAAUUGGAUAAUAGUCUACUUUCUUUGCGCCAAGAUGGCAGCAGUAUC